UGAGGAUCGAAGAAAUUCCACCCUCGUGUCAAAGAAAUGGGAGAAUUUAUAGCAGUCUCUGCCAGCUGCCGGAAGUGGACUUAACUCGAAAAGCCGACCGCCAGCGGCGGUUCGGCAGCUGCAAUGACAUAAUCCAAGGUUAUCCCCGACGCUGAGUUGAGUUCGCAUCUCAAGGAUCACUUUGCUAGGCAGUCUUUUCAGCUUGUUUGAAUUAUCAUCAUGGUAGCCUACCGAGCUCCGGCACUGCGCAGCCUGCUCGGCCGGCAGCUGCAGAGCCUGCGGGCCGCGCCUCAACAACGACGCUGGGCGGCAGUCCACGACGUGCGCUUCCUGGCCACUACCCGACCAUUGCGCAACAUUGCCGAGAAGUAUCAGGAGAAGCUGGACCGCAAGGCAAAAGAAGAAGGGCACAGCGACAUUGGCUCGCUGAAGGCCGCCUACGCAGACAAGAUCGUCGAGCAGCGCACCAAGCACAAGAUCUCCGUGCCGGGACUCGACGCCCUGCUCGCCGACGAGGAAGCUCCCACGCAGGCGCCAACAUCGACCGCGGAGACACAGCCCACGGGAGCCCCGGGCGCGAGCACCAAUCCCAAGCCGCCGAGGAGCCCCGCGACCACGAAAUCCGGCAUCAAGCCCCUCUCCGAGAUCCUCGACCUGCCCAAGGCCCGCGAGCUUCCCGCCAAGGAGCUCAGCGCCGUCUGGCGGCUGCGGCACGCCUCGAACCCGACGACGCUGUGCGCUGUCAUCGACGCCCACACGUACCAGUCCCUCGAGGCGACGGCGCGGCGGCACCCCAACUUCGUGCUGCCCGUCCCGCGCGAGGGCGCCGGCGCCGAGAUCCACUACCUGCAGUGGGUGUUCGACCGUGAGUCGCAGACGUCGACGGCGCUGUUCACGCAGCUCGCCGAGUACAAGGCGCGCGGCGAGUGGGCGCAGCCGCACACGAGCGUCACGCACUACUUCGAGAGCGGCAUCGCCGGGAAGCAGGGCGUCGUGCUCAUGGCCGGCAACGUGGUCGACGGGCGCGGCGCGAGCAUCCAGGAUGCGCAGUGGUUGGUGUUGUUGAUGCAGCGGUUCUACGGCGCCGAGGCGCUGGCGGGGACGGGCGAGAAGAGAAAGCUUCUGGAGGAUUUCGGCAAGGGCGCCGGCGGCGGCUUCACGGUCGAGAGGUUGCUUGAGGAGAGCGAGAAGCUGGGUUGAGAGAAUGCAAAGUACAGCUCUCUCUCUCUCUCUCUGUAUAGAAGGCACUUGAUUGUCUACGGGCAAAGGAUUAUGGAGUUUGCUCAACUCUCGUGUCGACAUGGAGUAAAGGCCGUUCCAAAGGAGCAUGCAUACUCUGAGAUGGAAAAGAAAAAUUUAAAUUUGCAUACAAGGGGUUAAGAAAGCAAGACAUGCAUAGAUGGCGUCCAGAUCACUCUUCUGUAUCAUAUGGGGGCUCCAU